GCGUCGGUUGUCAGCCAUUGUGGCCACAACAGAAGGCGGACUUGGUUGCCAACAUCGUUAGCUUGGCCAGUAGCCGUGCCGUGCAGUUGGUCAGUUCCAAUCGUAACGGCACUUUGAGCAGACGCGCGCGUUCCCUCAAAGUCAACUAAAAGUCAUAGCUUACCCAUUGCAUAGGUCUACUAAUUUUGGAAUAUCCAGAGACGAGAAACUAUUUUUAAACGACUUUAUUGGACUUUGACUCCUUAAUGAGAAUCAAAAUGCGCGCCUGUGGACCCAGCUUAAUCAAAUAUAUUCUAUUUGCCUUCAAUGUUCUAUUUGCGCUUUCUGGCUUGGGCAUUUUGGUGGCCGGCGCCAUCGUUCUGGCCGAUGUCCGCGAGUUCAAUCACUUUGUGGAGGGACGCGUGAUGGCGCCGCCCAUUGUGCUGAUCGUCACGGGGCUGGUCAUAUUUCUGAUUGCCUCGCUGGGCUGCUUUGGUGCCAUCAAGGAGUCGCCCACGCUGCUUCUAACGUAUGCCGUGCUGCUGGCCAUCAUCUUCAUCGUUGAGCUGGCCGUGGGCAUUGCGGCGAGCGUUUUCAAGAAGGAUCUGGAGGGCAUGCUGAAGAACUCGCUGCAGGAGUCCAUCAAGCGCUCCAACAGCGAGGACACCAUCGCCUGGGACAAUGUGCAGCGCAAGCUGAUGUGCUGCGGCGUGGACACCCCGGCCGACUGGCGUGCCCUCAGCCUGAACAAGACGCUGCCGGCCAGCUGCUGUCAGCCGCAGUUCAUUGACGCCGCCGUCGGGCACUGCACCGAGUCUCCGGCCCUGGGCAAGGACAAGUACUACCAGGAGGGCUGCGUCGGCAAGCUGAAGGAGCGCAUCGAUAAGAACGCCGUUAUCCUGAUUGGAGUUGGCAUCGGCAUCGCCUUCAUACAAAUUCUGGGCAUUGUGCUCGCCUGCUAUCUGGCCUCGGUCAUACGGCACACGCGCCAAUCGAACUAAGGAUCAGCCAGGAUCUAGUUAAACUCUAUGUUAUUUUAUUAUAUAUUAUGGAUCUCAUGUC